GGAGGACACACACCCAUCUGACGAGGGGAAUUAAGUGUUACGUGCGAGGAAAAGCUUUCUAAUCUCUGAUCUCUUGGAUUAUUCCCGCGAUGGUCGGGAUUUAGCCCCUGUCCGCGGGUUUUGGCUAUUAUUUUACGCACCACUUUUGCGCGCUCGCAUUUGCACCCUUUGGUAAUUGCAUGAUGGAUUAAACACUCAUUAGUUUUAGCCCAGUUUUCUGACUUGUGCUUUCUGAACAAUUGGGGAUUAUUAAUGAACUCGCAUCAUGAUAGAUGAUGAUGAUCUUUUGGUCACUGGAGCGCGCAGCCGUACGUUGGAUUAAGAGCAAGAGACUUCCCACCGCUCUUUGGACAAGCACCUGUUUAUUCUCCUGAGACACUUGUUUUCCACCCUAUUGACGCGUUGGGAUGGAGAGCGAGUUGAGGCCAAGGCUCUGUUUCCUGACCAUAGGAGAGCGCGGCUAUGGGUUUCACCUGCACGGUGAGCGGAAUAGAGGCGGACAGUUCAUCCGCAAAGUGGAGCCCGGCUCCUCUUCUGACCUGGCCGGGCUGCGACCAGGAGACCGGGUGGUUGAGGUGAACGGGGAGAAUGUGGAGAACGCAUCUCACCAUCAAGUGGUGGACCGGAUCCGUGCAGUGGCUCACCGCACCAGGCUGCUGGUGGUGGACAGAGAGACGGAUGACUACCUCCGUAGCCAGGGCCUGGCCUGCACGGAGGACCUGGCCAUCGAGAUGGGCACCCUCUCUCCGCGGCCUUCGCCCAGGCCCACACCUACUGCUUCUCCCAUACCCAGAGGGAACUCACCUCUGUCACCCAAACCCAACCACACACACUCAUUUCACCCUCCUGCUGCAAACUCACCCAUACACACCAUCACACAAGAAAAGGUCAAGAGAUCCUCAGUGACAUCAAGUACAACAACAGACACAGAGCUGCAAGUGCAGCCCUCACCAGAGCCGACAGCUGAGCUCAUCCCCCGCCUGUGUCACCUGGUGAAGGGGGAAUACGGCUACGGCUUCAACUUGCACAGCAAUAAGACAAGGCGCGGACAGUUUGUCCGAUCAGUGGACCCCGGCUCAGCUGCUGAGAGUGCAGGCAUCCAGCCUGGAGACAGACUAGUGGAGGUGAACGGAGUAAACAUAGAGGGCCUGAGGCACUCAGAGGUGGUGACACUCAUCAGGGCUGAAGGGGAGGAGGUGCGCCUUCUAGUGGUCGACCAGGAGACGGACGAGCUCUUCCACAGACUUGGGGUCAGACCUUCCUCCAGCCAUAUCAAAGAGGUCUACCUGGAUGAAUCACCCCCAGAUAGCAUCCCACCCACCCCCUCUCCGACCACUGAACUCCCCCCUACAGAUCCACCAGUCAUAAACGUCACACUGACAGACUCCCCGAUCACAAAUUCAUCCCCAAAGUCCCGCACCAAUGGGAGCUCAGCGUCUCAGUCCUCAAGAAGUUCCACCACCCAAUCAGAGAUCAGCAGCUCGGACAUGAGCAUUCAGGUUCCUGAUGAGGACGACAGGCGUGUUUCGGACCCUUUUGUGGAAAGUGGCCUGCGUCUAAGCCCCACAGCUGCCGAGGCUAGACAAAAGGCCCUCGCUGGCCGCAACAGGAAGAGAGCACCUGCUAUGGACUGGAAUAAGAAACAAGAGAUCUUCAGCAACUUCUGAUCCCAGAACACAAGGAGAAGAACGGCAUAGAACGAGGAAUGAUAGAAAUACUGUACCUUGAUCUUGCAGAGGCACAGUCAAAGAAAGAGUCAUGAAAAGGAAAAAGAUGAAGGUAGUAACACUGGUAGUAAUACUCCUAAAUUUUGUGCUGUGUAAAGCUACAUUAUAAGAUGUCUGAUAGUAUGCUCUAGAUGCUUAUUUUACAGUAUCUAUAAGGACAAAGACAUGCUCUGUGGAUGUGUCAAAUAUCUUACAAUACACUGCAUUAAACAAUGACUUAAUGACUGGCAGACCAUCAACUAAGAGACUCACCCAUUCAUAUGGUGCCUGGUCAGUGCACAUUGUUUCUCUUUAUCCAAUCCUAAUCAUUUCAGAGCCAUAGUGACGAUGAGUCUAUUACAGCAUGUUUUCUGUAGAUACACUUUUCUGUUGUAACUUUGUUAGAUUUUAUUUUUUGAAGUCAUGGUUUCUUCUCACUUUACAAUGAGCUAAUAACAGCUGAGUACUGGAGUAGUCAUAUUAGCUUUUAUUUAAUGUAGAAUGUCACUUUAAAAUGUAAAUACAAGGAAAUGGUACAGGCUUAAGUUAUGAAAUGUUUGAUGUUGGAUCACCUCAGUGCUUCUCUUCAAUGUUAGAGUAAUUUCUGCAAAGGGGAAACGUUUUAAAGACAGAUGGUAUAGGAAAAAAACUGUAGGCCCUCUGAUCUCUUGUUGUAGCUUUUUGAGGAUUUUUCUCUCAAAUGUGCUGAGCUGAAUCUUCUCACAAUGUGAAAUAAACUUUCAGAACAUGUGUAAAUACCA